AUGGCUAAGAAAGGAAAAGAGGACAAAGGGAAGAAUGUCCGAAAGGGGAAGAAGGAACCUGUCACUCCGCUGGACGAUGGGUCAGAUUCUGACUUGGCACAGAGGAACGCUGAAGAAAGUGAGAUGGACAGCGAGCUGGUGGAGGGAGAGGAGGAGGGGAAUGAAGAUGACCCUAAGAAGAAGAAGGGGAAGGACAAGAAAGGCCUGGUCAAGAAGGCAGGCAAAGGGAAGAAGGGGGAGCUGGACAACAAGGAGGCCAAAGACCUUCCUGCCAAGACCAAGAGGCAGCUCAAAGGGACCUCCCAGCUGCUCAUGGGCCUGGCAAAAGAGGACCCCAAGAAGAAAGUGGCCAAGAAGGAACACGCCAAGGCCCAGCUGAAGGGAGCCACCAAGGCCAUGGUCAUGGCCAAGAAAGAGGCAGCGGCCCCGCCCAAGAAGAGGCGGAGCUUGAAAAGCACCUCCAAACUCUUCAUGGGCGUAAAAGGGAUGGGGCCCCAAAAGAGCACCAAGAAAAGCCAUUUCAAGAGUACCUCGCGCUUCUUCUGGGGCCUGAAGAAGUACAGCACAAAGAAGAAGAAGAAGAAGAAGAACAAGGGGGUGCUGAAGUCCACCUCCAACCUGAUGAUGCGCUUCAAAUCUCUUGGGAAGAAGAAGAAGAAGGAGAAGAAGGAGGAGGAGGGAGCCCCUGUCAAGGAGACCAAGAAGUCCUCCUUCAUGCUGAUUCGGUUGGGGGGUGGGAAGAAGGGAAACCAGAACUUUAAACCCCAGGCCCAGGUGGUCAGCAAGGUGGCUGCGGUCACCAACUGGCUGACCCGGAAAUUCUUGAGUAAACGUAGCAGACCCAGAUAUGACAAACGAGCGACUGACGACUCUUGGCUGGCCAAGAUUGGAGCCAAGAAACUGCCUUUCCCUUCGGAAGAUGAAGUUUUGAGACACCGAGCGAAUAUGAGAAGGGUUCCUGGAGCCAAUAUAUGUACCUGUUUUGACCAAUACCCAGACAAAUUUGGCCACUGGAACCACCUGGAUUCUGCCACCUUACAAGAUCACUUUGAAGAUUAUGAAGAGGAACGGGGUUGUUAUGAGGUCCAGGCCCCUUUCAAGUAUGGCUUUUCUGGUUAUAACCAGGAUUCUUAUGGGAGGCAUCCGAUGGAAGAAGGAUACGGGCCUUAUGAGGAAGACUACGAUGAGCAGGACCUUUACGGGUACCACAGUGACCCCCAAGAAUAUGGGCCAUCUUUCGGUUAUCCAUCUUAUGAGCCUUAUGAGGACUUCAGCAGUGAGUAUGAAGGGGAAGGUGGCCCAUAUUGGGCUGGAGAAGUGGAACACCCCAAUGAGGAGGAGGAGGAGGAGGAGGAGUUUUACGGUCAGCAGGACAUUAAUGACAGUGACCGAGAAUGGGUCUCCCCGUCUUCAUACAACCCGUACGCCUGCCUGUUGGAUGACAUUGCUGAGAUGGAAGAAGCAGACAGAGCUGAGGCUGAGCCAGAAGGUGACCCCGUUGCUUUCUCCCCUUCUCCUGUUUUUGAACGAGGGAUGGAAAGAAAGACGGCUGCAAUGGCACCAUUGAACAGGAAGUUCCGGCUUUUCCCGAGGCCCCAAGUGAAGCUCUUUGGGAAGGAGAAGCUCGAUGUCCCUCUGCCCCCUUCCUCGCAGAUCUCUAUGGCUUAUUUGGAUCCCGAGGAGGAAGGCAUCCCUGAGGAAGAAGAGGAGGAGCCUCUGAUUUCUCCAUUUGCCCAGUUUGAUGGUCAGUAUCUGGAGCCUUCUGGGUCUCAGGAGACUUUUUCAAAGUUGAGCAAGCUUCAGAGGCCCCAAUGGACCAACUUGGGUGGAAGGAACUGGGUUCGGGAUCCACAUCCGUUGAAGACUCCUCUUUCUCCAAGAGAAUGUGGGAGCCCCCUGGGGCAGUUCCUGCAACAAUCCAUCGCUCAGCCAAGACCUAUUCUGAAGCACCACGGGAACUGGGGAAGGAACCAACCAGGCAUGCGUGAGCCCAACAGAAGAACUGUGUCUCCACGGUUUGGGGAGAAGAGUCCUCUGGAGUCCUCAUCUCCUCCACCCCCAAGGCAGCUUAGGGGUUCAGGGAAAGACCACACUAUUUUCGCACCUUCUCACACCGCAGUAGCAAUGCAAGACGCUCUUCACAAAGAGUUGCAAAGCACGUUCCGGCCAACUUUCCAUAGGAAGUCACAGCAAGACUUCAGGUUUUCACAGAGGAACACCUCAUGGUCCGCAACUGGACAUCAAAAUCCUUCCCUCAAGGAGAGGAGUCCACAUAAUCACGUGUCUUCUCCUUCUCAGAGAACAGCCAAAGAAAACCUGGUUUCAUCAGUUGGACGCAGGACAGCUACUAAGGCAAACUCAUCCAAAGACUCCCUCUUCCAGACACCUCCUUCCCCUCACCCAUCAGCACGCAAGAGUUUGGAAAGUCAACGCAACCUCUCGUCUUCUAGUUUAACAUCUGUUAAAAGCCUGGCGGACACCCCUUUCAGUCGUUCCUUAUUUCAUACCUCCAGCACUCCAGAGUUUCUAAAUUCUGCCAGAAAUAGGACCUCUGGAAGGCCAGAGGAAGCUCAGUGCCAGCCCCAGCCGAGGUGGCUUUGCACCUCAGAAGAAGAAGAAGCAACUCCUUGGAGUUCCUCGCCCAAGAUGGGAGCUACGAGAAGCUUGAGAAGUGGUUUCCACUUGCCCCAAUCACCCACUCAAGCUCCAAGCCCCCGAAAGGACUUCCUUCAGCGCAUUGGUCAGCCUCUGGCUGGAAUGGUCCAGCCUGCUUCUUCCGUUCGGUUCCUUCCUGGAGAAAGGAGGAGACAUUUAGGAGAUGAGAAUCCAUAUCUUGCGGAGUUUGGCCCAGAAGAGUCUCAAGCUUUCUCAAGGCAGCCAUGUCCCCAGCCUUCUCCAGCUGCUGUUGCAUCAAUGAAGCAGAAGACAGAGGCCAUGUCUGUCAGGUCCUCUGCUCCUAAAGAGGCACGUAAGCUCUUGGGGGGGCAUUUCUCCUGCACCAUCCCUGGGGAUAACCCUGGCAGUUUGAGGAGGCCCAAUCUCAGCCCCAUGUCUCAAAGAACAGUUUCGUUCCAAAGACCCUACACUUUGGAAGAAGGCGGCUCCUCUUUGGCCAGACCGCCCUCCCUUCGCGGCCAGUAUAACAAGCCAAGAAGACCAGAUUUUGCCCACGGACCUCCUGAGCUUCUCGAACAUGAAAUGGAAGGAGGCAUAGGGAGAUAUGCCGUGGUGAUGCCUCAAGUCCAACCGAUGGGUUCUUCUCCUUGGAGAAGGUCCCAGAGGCAAAGCCAGCUGUGGUCUGAGUAUCACACCGUGAACGUACAUGAGAUGCCAAACAAACGGACCUCAGAGAAGCUCUUCCAGCCCCCUCCAGGGGAGAGUUUUAGGGCUCGGGAAGUUCAUCGUGGAGGAGGAAGAGGCAGAGGGAAUGGGGUGUUCUGGUACCUGACGCGCGGAGCCUCUGGAUCCCAGAACGAAUAUGGAGAGGCCAACAAGAACUGGCAAUGCAAGAUGCACUGCAUUCACAAUUUGCAAUCGGCAACCAACCCAGGAGAGGCGAGCUAUGAUGGCGUGGAUGACUUGACCCAACUAGAAGACCUCCAAGAAAACGUGGUCCUGCACAAUGUCCAAAGGAGGUUUGAGCAGGGGCUGAUCUAUACCUACAUAGGAAGUAUCCUGGUGUCAGUGAAUCCUUACAAAAUGUUCAACAUCUACGGAACGGACCACGUCCUGAAGUAUGAUGGCAAAGCUUUGGGAGAGAACCCACCACACCUUUUUGCAAUCAUUAAUGUUGCCUACAGCAAGUUGAGAGAUGCCAAACUCAACCAAUGUAUCAUUAUUAGCGGAGAAAGCGGAUCAGGCAAAACUGAGGCCACCAAACUGAUCCUUCGUUAUCUGGCAGCUAUCAACCAGAAACACCUUGCGACUCAGCAGAUAAAGAUUCUCGAAGCAACCCCUCUUCUGGAAUCGUUUGGAAACGCCAAGACUGUGCGGAAUGACAACUCCAGCAGAUUUGGAAAAUUUGUGGAACUUUUCCUGGAGGACAAUGGAUUGAUCUGUGGUGCCAUCACCUCCCAGUACCUUCUGGAGAAAUCAAGAGUCAUCUUUCAGGCCAAAAAUGAACGAAACUACCACAUCUUUUAUGAGAUGCUAGCUGGUCUCCCCACGCAGCAAAAGCAGAUGUUUUGUCUUCAAGGUGCAGAAACCUACUAUUAUCUCAACCAGGGAGGCAACUGUGAGAUCCCUGGGAAAACAGACCUAGAAGACUUUCAUCGGCUGCUCGACACCAUGGAAGUCUUGAAUUUCAGCCUCCAAGACCAGGACAGCAUCUUCCGAAUCCUGUCUUCCAUCCUUCACUUGGGGAAUGUCUACUUUGAAAAGUAUGAGAUCGACUGCCAGGAAGUGGCCUCUGUGCUGAGCGCCAAGGAGAUCCGGGUCGUGGCUGAGCUGUUGCAGAUCUCUCCAGAAGGCUUGCAAAAGUCGAUCACCUACAAAGUGACGGAAACCAUGAGGGAGAAGAUUUUCACACCACUCACCGUAGAAAGUGCCGUGGAUGCCAGAGAUGCCAUUGCCAAGAUCCUUUACUCGCUGCUUUUCAACUGGCUCAUGGACAGGGUCAACAAGCAGAUGUACCCCAAGAAAAACACCCUAUCGAUUGCCAUCUUGGAUAUCUACGGCUUUGAGGAUCUGGGUUUCAACAGUUUUGAGCAGCUGUGUAUUAAUUAUGCCAACGAAUAUCUCCAAUACUUCUUUAAUAAGAUCGUCUUUAAGGAAGAACAGGAAGAAUACAUCCGUGAACAGAUUGAAUGGAGAGAGAUUGCUUUCACGGACAACCAGCCUUGCAUUGAGCUGAUUUCCCAAAAGCCUCAUGGCAUUUUGAAGAUCCUGAAUGACCAAAGCAGUUUCCCUCAGGCCACAGAUCACACAUUUCUUCAGAAAUGCCACUAUCAUCACGGCUCUAAUCCUCUCUAUUCCAAGCCAAAAAUGCCGCUGCCGGAAUUCUCGAUCAAGCACUAUGCAGGAAAAGUCACCUACCAGGUGCAUAAAUUCUUGGAUAAAAACUAUGACCAAGUUCGCCAGGAUGUCCUCGAUCUUUUUGUCAACAGUAAAAUCAAAGUAGUGGCCAGCCUCUUCUUCAGCCACGCUCAGCUGGUGGCUCAGCAGAGGACCAUGAUGGGGAAAAGCAGCACCAGCAAACGGAAGUAUAAGCCCCAGACGGUGGCUGCAAAGUUCCAGCAGUCGCUUUUGGACCUGGUGGAGAAGAUGGAGAGAUGUAACCCUUUCUUCGUUCGCUGCAUCAAGCCCAACAGUACGAAGGAACCAGGACUGUUUGAGGCUGAUACAGUCAGCAACCAGCUACGAUCCUCAGGAAUCCUGGAGACCAUCCGAAUCCGCAAGGAGGGCUUUCCUGUCCGGAUCCCCUUCCAAAUCUUCAUUGACAGGUACCGCUGUCUUGUGGAUAUCCGUAGUGAUAUCAUCCCGGACGGGUGGAAUUCUGUGGGGGUUCUGAAGAAGCUGUGCCCGGUCACCCCAGAGAUGUACCGCAUUGGCACAACCAAGCUCUUCAUGAAGGAAAGCAUCUACCAGCAAUUGGAGGCCAAGCGGGAACAGAUUGUCCACAUGGCGGUGGUGACCCUCCAACGUUACGUCCGUGGCUUCUUGAUCAAGAAACGCUUUUAUGCCCUACGCUGCAAGAUCAUCCUCUUUCAAGCCCGGGCCCGGGGUUACCUUGUCAGGCAGAAAUAUGGGAGGCUGCGUCAGACGCUCAUCAAAUUCAGAUGCCUGGUACGCAUCUAUAUGAACCGCAGGAAGUACCUCAAGAGGAAGGAUGAGGAGCGCCGAAUUGCAGAACAGGAGAAAAGAAAAGCUGAGCAGGAACUGAGCCAGCGAGAAGUGAUGAAAGUCGCAGAUCUGGAAAUCCCUGCGGAUCUGGUUGGACUCUUAAACUCUGUGGCUGGUAGUGAGGAAUGUAUCACGCCUGUCCCUCCGCCCAAGAUGCAGGACAACUUCCAGCUCGCCCUGCCUCUUGACAUCAACAAUUAUCCCAUGCCCAAGUACGUGCAGCUCCACUUCAAGGAGCCACUUUUGGGGAUGCUCACAAGAACCCUAUCAUCCCCCCUGACCCACUUAGAUGAGAGUUUGGCCCCUGAAGCUCUUAACCUCUUCAAGCUGAUCCUCCGCUUUAUGGGUGAUGCCCAACUCAACGGCCUCCAGGAGAACCUGUUUGGGAACUACAUUGUACAGAAGGGGCUCUCUACGCCGAGCCUGCAAGAUGAGAUCCUGGCCCAGAUUGCCAACCAAGUGUGGCGGAACACCAAUGUCCACAAUGAAGAGCGGGGGUGGCUGCUGUUGGCCUCCUGUGUCAGUGCUUUCAUGCCUUCCCACCAGCUGGACAAGUACCUGCUGAAGUUUGUUUCAGACUAUGCCUUCGACGGCUAUAAGCCUGUGUGCCAACACAAGCUCCUGCAAGCAAUGGCAAUAAGGGGCCAGGAUGGUGGGGACGCCGCCCGAGCGUAUCCACCCACCCUGCUGGAGUGGGCAGCCAGCCGGGACCGAGCGAACAUGGCCCUUGAUGUGUACUGCUUCAACGGAGAUCAUUAUUCUUGCCCGGUCCAUUCCUGGAUCACAGGGGAAGGCCUUGCUGAAAGUGUGUUGAAAUACAGGGGUCUUACUGAUGGAUGGCAAGGCUGGUCUGUCACCAUGAAGGAUGGCACCCAGUGGGCCGAGCUGGCUGGCCAUGACUAUGUCUUGGAUCUGAUUUCGGAUCUGGAGCUGAUCCGUGGUUUCCCCAAGCAGAAGUCCUAUUUCAUCCUGGCCUCUGAAGACCCAGAGAAAUGCACUGGUGGCAAACUAGUUUUCCAACGUGGUUUGGAUUCAGAUGGAAGAUUUCCUCCACCACCAGUGAUAAAGGCCCCCACUGUGGCCUCUGCCCACUUCCCAGACUCCGAGGGAUAUUGCAGCCAUGAUUCAGAUACCUGCAGUGAACCCCGGAGCCAAAAAGGGUUGGAUCACUAUCUGGAUAGCCUCUUUGAUCCUGUGCUGUCCUAUGGGAAAGGGGAACUGGAGAAGCCAGCGGCCAUUUCACGAAGGAUGAAAGGCGGUGGCCGCAUUGGACAUGGCAACGGUGACAAUGUGACUGCUGCCGUCCCUCAGACCUCCAGAAAGAAGGAGGAGGCUGUGUUGACACAGCUGGCUUUCAACAAACACCAAGAGUCAGUUCUGAGGGAAGCUGGGAAAAGGCUGAUGGACGGAUCGGGGUCGCCUUCAGGCAUUGCACAGCGGAGGAGAACCAACCUUCAGAAUCCAGAGUUUGGCUCCAGGCCUCAGGCCGGUGGGCUUGUCCGCCAUUCCAAGCUGAAUUCGGAACACAACCCCGAACCCACACAGAACAUCCGCAACAUCAUCAAGCAAUACCAGCAACCUUUGCAACUUUCAGAGCCGGUCAGAAAGGAAGCGGGGAAGGUCUUUGUGAAGAAAAUGGAUCCCCACGAAGAAGCCUUGAUGAUCCUGAAGAGACAGAUGGCACCCACAGGCGUACCUGUGAAGCCCCUUCAGGCUACCCAUGAACCAGCACCAAGGGAGAUCAUCGCCAUGGUGAGGCCAGUGGCUAGUUCGAAGGUGGUCGAACCCCCUGCUGUGGCCCCAUCUUUGCCCGAUGCUCCUUCAGAAAGAGAGAAAGAACCGUCGACUUUCUCCCAUCCAGCUCCCACCUCACGAGAGUUGGCACCAGAGGACGAGACGGUCCAGACAAAACUUUACGGCCGGAGCAGCAAGUUCUAUGGGUACCACAACGUCUCCUGGAAGAUCUACCUCAGGAAAGAGGUUUUUUACCCAAAGGAGACUAUCAGCAGCCCUCUUCUGCUCGAUCUCCUUUUUCGGCAGAUCUUCAACGAUACUCUGUCGGACGCCUGCAUUCGUCUCACCGAGGAGGAGAAGCUACGCAUGAAAGCUCUCUUUGCGGACAACAAGCUGGACUCCUUCAGUCCGGUAGCCGAUGAAAGCGUCAAGAGGGAAAUUAUCCGCGUGGCCCGAGAGAAUUGGGAGGUGUACUUCUCCCGCCUUUUUCCAGCUACGGGCAGCGUUGGCACCGGAGUGCAAAUCCUGGCUGUCUCUGACAAGGGGAUUAAACUCCUGCAAUUGGUCAAAGGGGCCAAUCUCCCUGGGGAGCAGGUCCGGGUGCUGCGAGGCUACAGCUACAGUGAGCUCCUGUUUGUCACCAUCCCCUCAAAGAACAUGCUGGAGUUCAACCUGGUCCAUGAGAAGAUGAUCCUCUUCUCCCCGAAAGCCAUCCAGGUAAAGGCCUUGAUCGACUACUUCAUCAUGGAGCUCAAGAAGGACUCACAAUAUAUGGUUGCCAUUAAGAACCAUAUCACAAAUGCUGGAAACCUUCUGAGUUUUCACAAGGGAGACAUCAUUUGCCUGCGACCAAUGGAGGGCCUGGAACCAGACCACUAUUAUGGCUGCGUGGUGAGGAAGAAAGUGAUUCUCCUGGAGGAGGUCAAAAAAGGCACCCAGGAUUUUGGCUGGAAGUUUGGUGCCAUCUAUGGGAAAUCGGGGCUCUUCCCCUCCAGCUGCGUCCAACCAGUGGCAGCCCCAGAUUUCAUGCAACUGCCCACGGAGAAGAAGGAGGACCCCAGCAACAAGCAGGCCAAGGUGGCUGGUCCAGCCUCGGUGGCCGUGGCCGUGGCAUCAGCAGCUGUGGCUCAGGAGCUGGACAGGAAGGUUGAGGCAAGUCGGUCCUGGGAAGGAUUUCAAAGCCCCGCAGAGAUCAAACCCAAAGGAGGCCUUUUCACCAUGCUGGAGUUUGCCAAGAAGUAUUUUCGAGAAGGGCAGAAGGCAAAGACGGACAAACAGAAAUCGAAGAAGGGUGGCGAAUCUAAGACGGUGGUGGAUAUUCUGAAAUACACCAAGUGUCCCAUCCAGGAGUCACUCAUUGGAUUUGCCAACAGCAGCCUGAACAAAAUAGCAGCAGAAUCCUUCCAGGCUGUGAUGAAGUUCAUGGGUGACCUUCCACUCAAAGGACAAUCUGAGCUGGAUGUGGCCUAUGCUUUGUUGAAGCUCUGUGGAGACCACGAGGUCAUCCGGGAUGAAGUUUUUUGCCAGAUCCUCAAACAGAUCACGGACAACGUCAGCAGCAAGACGGACAGCUGCCCCAAAGGAUGGAGGCUUCUGUACAUCCUGACUGCCUAUUACAGGUGCUCCGAAGUCUUCAAGCCCUACCUUCUACAGUUCCUGCAGGAGGCCUCUGCCCACCCUGGUUUGCAUUUCCAAGGCAUCGCCAAGGCCUGCGAGCAGAAUUUGCUGAAGACCUUCAAGUAUGGGGGCCGCUGUGCGUUUCCAAGUACCGUGGAGCUCCAAGCCUUGGUGGCUGGAAGAAGUUCAAAGCGCCAGCUUUUUCUCCUCCCAGGAGGGAUUGAAAGGCACCUCAAAAUCAAGACUUGCUCGGUGGCCCAGGAUGUCAUACAAGAGAUUUGCUUUGAAAUGGGUCUGCAGCAGCCGGAAGCCUUCAGGGAAUACAUCAUUUUUGCUGUCUCUAGUAAAAAUCAGAAUGUCCGGCCUUUGGACAGGCGGGAGUACAUCCUGGAUGUUACCCUGGAAAUGGAGAAUGUGGACAGCAGCUACAUGUUCUGGUACCGGCGUGUGAUUUGGGCCCAGCCACUGAAAUUUGACAAUGAACUCUACGUCACCAUGCAUUACAACCAGAUACUACCUGACUAUCUGAAAGGUCUCUUCAACAUCUCAUCUUCUGCAAAGCCAAGUGACCAACAGCUCCAGCAAAUCUCCAAACUGGCUGCUCUCCAGCUCUGGGUGAAGGGCCUGGCAAGCUUAAGGGAAAUUCAGGACUACAUCCCACCCCAGUUCUACCAUCUGCAGAAGGCUCAGGCGUGGCUGGACAUGGUGGCCCCCUUCAUGCAUGAAGCACAGGCCUUGAGCGCCCACCAGGCUCGGUCCCAAUUCUUAGGGCUCCUGAGCGCCUUCCCCAUGUUUGGUUCUUCGUUCUUCUACAUUCAGAGUUGCAGCAACACCACCAUUAUUUCACCCUGUAUCCUGGCUGUGAACCAGAAUGGGCUGAAUUUUCUCCACAAGGAAACUCAUGAACCCAUCAUGACGUUCUCUCUGAAGGAAAUCCACUCUACUCGGACCCAGAGACCCUCGGCUGGAUCCAGCUACCCCUACGUGGAGAUUAUGCUGGGAGAUCUGAUGUCUCACAGGAUCACACAGCUGCAGCUUAAGCAGGGCCUGGAACUGUGUCGUGUCAUUGCCACCCACAUGGAGAGCCUGCUGCAUGCCCGUGAAAAGCAGCUGACGCUGCCCCCAAGCGAGAUCACUUUGUUGUGACCGGCUGCUCUGCACUCUCUCUCUCUCCCAGAUCCCAAAGCAGAUCCUGGCCCUACGAUUGGAAGGUGUUUCUGAUGUCAACUCCUAAAAUAUUUCUAUGGUCAUUUUAGAGUUGUCAACAGAAACGGAGGGAGAAG